GAGCGCUGCUGUCACUCACAAACUCACUCGUCAUGAUGGCUGCCGUGUGGCGAGCUCGCGUAUUUGCCCGCUCUGUCGUCCGCUUCUCUGAUCGUGAUCUGUAAAAUAUUCGUUGAAAGCACGUCUUUAAACGCGACAUUAAAAGAACUCGCAAAAUAACUUGUUAUGGCUGAAAUCAACCAAAAUACUGAUGGCACUGUUGAAGAAGUGGAAGAUGAAAAUUCAGAGGAUACUAAUAUUCAAAUGGAGCUCAGUGCUUUCCGGGCCAAGUGGAUGUCCGAGCUUCAGCCCAGCUCAGGUGGGAGGAGGAGCCUCCAGAAAUCUGCUGAGCUGAAGAGGAGACAAGAAAUAGCUAAAGAGGAAAAGGCCCGGGAGCUGUUCCUGAAGGCAGUCGAGGAAGAGCAGAAUGGAGCGGUUUAUGAAGCCAUCAAGUACUAUAAGAGUGCGAUGCUGCUGGUCCCGGACAUUGAGUUUCGGAUCAACUACAGCAGAACUCCUGAUCCGGACCGGAGUGGGGGCUACUUGGAGGACAACGAGAAGGACCGUGAGAUCGACGAUCUGCUGACGUACUUCCAGCAACAGCUGACGCUGGGCUACGACACCAUGAAGCUGUGUGAGCCGGACACAGACACGUCACAGGUGCACAUCUCAGCUUUGCCCUUCGAGGUGCUCAUGUAUAUCUUCCGCUGGGUGGUGUCAUGUGACCUGGACCUUCGAGCCCUAGAGCAGCUCUCAUUGGUUUGCAGGGGUUUCUAUAUCUGUGCAAGGGACCCUGAGAUUUGGCGCUCUGCUUGUUUGAGGGUGUGGGGGCGAAGCUGCACCAAAAUGCUGCCGUUUUCAUCCUGGAGAGAGAUGUUUUUGGAGAGGCCACGUGUGCGCUUUGAUGGUGUUUACAUCAGCAAAACCUCCUACAUCCGUCAGGGGGAGGAGUCUCUGGACGGCUUCUACAGGGCUUGGCACCAGGUGGAGUAUUACAGGUACCUGCGCUUCUUCCCUGACGGUCAGGCGGUGAUGUUGACCACCCCCGAGGACCCGUUGGUCGUUGUCCCAAGGCUGCGCAGCAAGAACUCCAGGAUGGACUCCAUCAUGCUUGGCCAUUAUCGGCUGUCCCAGGACACAGACAAUCAAACCAAAGUUUAUGUUGUUGUCUCCAAGAGGAAAGAAGAGCAGAAGGUGUCCGAGUACCAGAGGAGCCGGUUCUGCAGGCGGAGCCCAGUUCCCGACGCCGAGCGCUCGUUUCAUGUGGGACUGCAGCUGUCCUCUGGGGGGCGCCAGCGCUUCAACAAGCUGGUGUGGAUCCACCAUUCCUGCCACAUCACCUACAGAUCCAGUGGAGAGACUGUCGUCACUGCGUUUGAUGUGGACAAAAUGUACACGCCUCUGUUUUUUGCACGAGUCAAGAGCUUCACCGCCUUCUCAGAGCGCCCACUGUAGGACGACCCCGGCGAUGCAUGACGAAAGCUCACCUUUGACCUUU